AUGCGCCUGCUACCUUUCUGCUUCCUCCUUUACCUCUUUGGAGUUAUCCAAGCUGUACCUACUACAAACACAACUAGUAGCAACGUUUCUGAAGCUGAAGUCCCAUUAUUCACAAAUACUAGAACCAUGUGGAACAUCGUGUCCAGCUCACUUCUCACUAUGUUUGCGUGUGUAUAUAGCGCCAUUCACCCCAAUAUCCCGAGUCCUAAGGACAGCCUCGUUGUUAUUCUGUGGCGACGACUUGGCAUCAUGAUGAUGGCACUAAUUGCUCCUGAACUGAUCGUCAUAUGGGCUGUGCGCCAGUGGAUUAGCGCUCGCCAUGCAAAUUAUACAUGGACUCAUACACACAGUUUCUUUAUGUUGAUGGGUGGUUUCAUGCUUUAUGUGGACGGGAAACCCUACCUCACACUACGGCCUGAUCGCAUGCUCGAACUGAUACAUGACAAGUCUAUCGACAUCCCUACCCUAACAGUGAACCGGAUUCAUGACAAGAGCAAAGGAAAUGCGAUAUCGAAAGGAUUGAUCAUCCUUCAAGUGACUUGGUUUGUCAUUCAGCUCAUUACGCGUGCUAUCUAUCACCUCGAAACCACCCAGCUCGAAGUGGGGACACUGGCUUUUGCGGUUCUCAAUUUUUUAAGUUAUGUUGCGUGGUGGAACAAGCCUCUCAACGUGCAAUGUCCAUAUCCAGUGUACUUGAAAUCAACCGAGUCAAGGCCAGAGCAUCACAUUAAUGUUAAUGAAGCAGAAGACCAUAAUUGGAUUCUCACGAUCUGGGAUUCAUACUUCGAAAUACUAGGCGCGUCCGACUUCCAAAAGCUCCGAGUUCCAACAUUUGAUGGCAGUAUCGCACUCGAACUUUUGGACCAGCUAGUUCUUGCGCUUGCUGGAUUGCUUAUGGCAACCAUAUUUGGCGGUGUCCAUUGUAUGGCUUGGUUUUUUGCCUUCCCCACAUAUCAGGAACAGGUCCUCUGGCGCAUGAGCGCCAUUGCUAUAUCUUGCACACCCAGCUGCGUUUUUGCAUGUUUUCCAGUAAUACUCUGCACACUAGUAGUCCUGCCGUAUGCAACCAUGAUUUCAUGGUUAUUUAUGUUCAUAGUGUGUCCCAUCCUGUACAUCAUAGGACGUGCCAUCCUCUUGGUGCUCAUGUUCACCACUUUACGCGAUCUUCCUCCUGACGCAUACAAGGCGGUGUCGUGGACCGCCUUGAUGCCUCACUUGUAG